UUUCCUUUCGGGGUCUGCUUCGGAGCGUGGAUCGCCGCAGGCACCGGGGCGGGGGCGGGCGCCGCGGGCGGCCGGGGGCUCAGGGCACACCCGCGAGGACGCAGGGCGAGCAGUGGCUUCCCCCCACCCCCUUUUAGGGGGACCCCCGAGGGUGGGGGCGGCCGCCCUCGUGGGAGCUUUUGUAGUGAAGUUAGGGUUUGGCGAAUUUGGGUCCCUUCCUCCCCAGCCCCAUUUUUUAUUUUUUGCGGCGGACGUGGUUCCCCCAAAUCACAGCCCCUUCCCCUAAUACCUAGCCCUGUAUGAUCGAAAGGAGAAAGAUACAUGACUGUGUGUGUGUGUGUGUGUGUGUGUGUGAAAGCGCGCGCGCGAGAGCAUGCUUGGUUUUCUGUGGUUUGCUUUUUUUGAGGUAUAUGUGUGUUUUGUGUUAUGUGUGUUUUGUAUUUCUUCAUUUUUUGGUCAUUAGUACCGAUGGCUGGCUAGCUGGGACCUGGGUCUCUGCCCUAUCCCAUGCCCCAGCCCCCACCCUCUCGUGGGCACUUGCACGAUUUUCCAUCCCAUCCUUUUUUCGUCUUUAACCCUUUUUGUGCAUCGCCCUUGUGCUAUUGCCCUGCUCACCCCGCCCCCCGCAACUGUCUUUGUAUGACAGUUGCAUACACGGGUUCAAGAUGCUUGGGCGCGCGCGUGUGUGUGUGUGUGUGUCUGUAUGUGUGUGUGCAUGUGUGCGAGUGUGCGCGCGCGCCUCGGAGAGUCAGACCUGCGCUGCUGUGCCCCCCUUGGGCCCGGCUGGAGCGGGGCGUCCGGCCCUUGGGUGUUGUGCUGUGUGUGAGGAUGAGGUGGGAAGCUGCCCCCACGCCAGGCCUUUGCCCCGGGCAGCGGUUGACAAAGCAGCGGGCCGGCGCGGGCUUUGUUUUUAACUGUGAUAAAUGGGGUGUGUUUGCACGGUCCCCUUUCCCCACAUCCCCUCUCCCUCACAUUCUGCUACAACAAUAGCUUGAUUUUCCCCUCUUCUCCCCACCUCCACUCCACAUUUCUUUCAUUUUCUUUUAAUAAAAAAUUCCCACCUCCCAAGCAAAUCCGAGAUGCAUUUAGAUUCAUUUUUUUUCUUUUUUGUAUUCUGCCUCUGGACUCACAUUUCUCGUCUUGGAAAUGUUUCUUCUAUCCUCUCCCACUCCACGUCUGCUUAAAUCCCUGCUGGCUCAGGCCCUCCUCCCCCUCUCCCCACUCCCUCAUACACAGAAUGAUGUCUUCCCUUGGCCGACCAGGGCUCCUCUACCAAGUCGGGGUGGGGGGUGGGGUCGCAGGGCCAGCGCUUUAGUGCGCCCCAGGGGCCCGAUUGGGCAAGAAAAGGAAAGCCCAGCCCUAUUUUAUCCAGCCCAGCUGUCCCCAGCCCCACGCCUCUCCCCAGAACCUAAAAGGCAAGCUUGGCCCCCUUAGGCCUGUUUGAACCGCAGUUUUUUGUGUGAUGAUAGAAUGAUGACAUUCUGCAUUUAUCAAAUCUUUUUUUUUCUUCAUUGUGUAGCUCAGUGAAUGGUCAACUCGCUGCUGUGUGCGCUGUGACCCUUCUGCCUCCGCAUUUAGCUGUAUUGUGACACCCUCUUAACCAUUUCCUGUCUCCAUCUGAGGAAGGCAUUGCUAUUUAAGCGGCAGUAUCCCCUAUCUCAGGCCAGCCUAGCCAUGGGGGUGAGGGGGAGUGGGUGUGUGAGGAAGAAAGAGCGGGGCUGGAUGCGAUCUCCUUGAAAUGCCACCCCCUCUCUCAAUACACAAUUAUCUCUUAUUACUUGGCAUUUCCUCUUAAAACGGGUGUGGAACAUUACACUAGGCAGAAAUUCAAAAAUGAUUAAGAAGGAUGUUGAGCCUGAAAGUAUAAUUAUCCUGAUUAAAUCAUUACCAUCCUCAUUAAUACCACCAAUCUCUAAAUACCAUUGCAGGAUGCUGAUUCCGUGUUUUGAAAUUCAAAUUGCUCAGCUGCCUUUAAAUUUUAUUUUUAAUACUACCUUCUCCCUCACCCCCCCCCCACAAAAAAAAUCCAACAACACAAAUUCUGCCCAUCAGUUAAAGUUUACUUUCACGGCAAACAUGCCCACAGGAAAUUCAAGGGCUGAGGGGUGAGUUGGUCUGUGGGUAAAAUUUAGCAGAAUGUGAUAAGAGUUCAUGACCUUCCGAUAGAGGAUACUAAUGCUUAACUCAACAAGGUCCUAAGCCACAAUCUUCUUGUAAAACUAUUAGAGAGUUUGCCAGCUUAAAUCUGUUCUUUUUAGUUUCCAUUGUAGUAGUGUAGGAUGUAGGCCAUUUCAGAAUAGAUGUAGAAAAAUAACCAUUUUUGUAUCUUCAUCUUGUUUAGCCGAGUACAUUGCACUGUAAAUCCCUGUUAAGUGGAUUCCUUUUGCCUUGGCUUAGAGGCUGCAGCACCUCAUUUUUCAGUUAUCUGGGUGACUAUCAGUUAGCUUCUUGGCAGCACCCAGGCAUAACUGAGGAUUGCACUUAGUUGGAGGCAAAAAAUGUUAAACAUAUGUAUUAAAAAAACCUUUGAUGAAAUGACAGUUGCUGCUAUCCCAUAGCCUCUGAAAACUUGGUGCACCAAGGUCCCUGGCUUAAGUGGGAGCCAUGGCCAUAGCGUCUUAAUUGUUUAAUUGUACAAUGUCAAGAGCAUCUUUGGACAUCCGCCCUGGCCCUCAGAGCUGCCCCUUUAACAGCCGGCUCCCUUCUGCUGCUCGCCAGCCGGACCUGCUUGAAAACUGAAACAAAACAGCAGCAAUAAUAAAAGAAUAAGGCCCCUACUUUGAGGGCCUUUCCAAAAUAAAGUCCCAAAUAGCCUCCCCAGACUGCCAUUUGGCAAUCUGAAAAGAAAGAGAAAAAAGAAAAGAAAAGAAAAGAAAAAAGAAUCCCAGCAAAAUGGUUUUCCAUUAAACAGGGGUAGCGUGUUCUGCUGUGCUGAAUUACUUCCUGUUCUUAUUUUGUGGGUAAUUUUUUCUGUAUCAAAUAUCCUUUUGGUUGUGUAUCUUUUUCACCUUUUCUUGUACUAAAACUAAAGCAUGAUCUGUAUUUUUUUACAUCCCCCAGUUGACAAUGUACAGCGCUCGGUUAGAGAUGUUACCCUGCUGAAACGUACUGUGGUCGUGUAGCCCGGGCCAUCUGCUCAUUGUACGCUGCUUUUGUUCUGUUGCCCUUCCGAAGCAUGGUGGGCCCAGCCUUUUUUUUUGUAUCGUGUGCAUGACGACAUUGUUACACACAGAAUCCACUAAUACUAAUAUACAAUCUCUCAAUAAAGAACUAGUUUUCCUAUAUUAA